CAUCCAGUCAGUCAGAGAACUAGAGGCAGCAUUAGAGAACCAGGAUGGCUUUCACACUGUGGUUGUUACUGUGUUUCUGUGGUGUAACUUUGGCCCAGGAGGUUUUACCUCACAUGUUUUACCAAACAGAAGGUGCUACUGGAGCUGGGACAUGCUUUGCUGAUAUGUCUAAAUUUCUCAAAGAGGUUGGGGCUAUAAAAGAGAAACAAGAAGCCAUGGAAACGAGGCAGAAUGAGACUGAAAACCAGGUUCUAGAACUGAAGAAGAAAGAAGCAUCCAACAUAGUAUUUAGUGCUACAACAGAUGGCAGUGAAUCUUUUGGACCCUUCAGCACAGCCACAACCAUAGUCUACAGCAGAGUAAUAAUCAAUGUGGGCAAUGCCUACAAUCAGCACACAGGUAUCUUUGCUGCACCAGUUCCAGGCAUAUACUACUUCACCUUCUUUUAUCAUGCUGUAGGAUCACAAAUUGUGAAUCUAGUCCUUUGGAAGAACAACGAGCAAGUUGUGACCGCCUUUGACCACAAAACAUCAGCAGAUACGGCUGAUAAUGGAGGCAAUGCAGCUUUCCUGCAACUGCAGCAAGGAGACCAAGUGUACAUGAGGAUGGGUGCGAACAGUCAUGUCUGGCAGAACGCUCGCACCACCACUUUCAGUGGUGUUCUUCUGCGUCCGCUCUGAAAUACACUAUGUUUUGCUACUAUACACCCUUAACAUAUAAGCUUUUUGAGAAAUUUCUUGUUUCCAAACAAAAUUUACUAUAUUAAUAUUCAUCUUUGAAUAAUUUCUGCAAUAAACCACUCUGAUUUUCAGUCGCAGUUCUGAUAUUUUAAAAGUAUGGUUGAGA